GCAUCCGGUGCAUAGCGGACAUAGUUGUAUUUCGUCCUCUGUGCACGAGGUACGUCGUCACGAAGAAGAUAGCAGUUACUUUUUAACAACAAGCGAUCAGAAUCAAAUCCGACGUUACAGGAAUACUAUUUUCUGAAGUGAUAACAUGCCCAACAGAACUGUACAUUCCAUUAAAGUCCCAAGACUUUAUAAAACUGCUGCCAAGAUCGUACAGGAGGUUCGUGAGAAACAUGGCAGUCUGAAAACGUUGAUCUACGAAGGAAAACACCCUAACGUAUCUGGGAUAUAUGCUUUGUGCUACAAAACACUGGCUAAAGAAACACAGUUAACCUACCUUUUGAACAAAAUUAAAAUAUUGAUAAACGAGCCAGGUCUGGAUCCGUGGUUAGCGAGGAUUUUGGUAACGGAGUUACUUUGGGGCAAGAAAACCUUGAAGUCUGAAUGUAAACCAAUUCAAACCGUGCUCGCGUACGAACAAAAGCUUCGGGAGUUGAGCAAUAUUGAUGACGUUGAGCGUCCUCGCAAAACAGUAAAAAAACCGAGAUAUGUUCGUAUCAACACAUUAUUACUGCCACUAGAAAAAGGGAUAUCUUAUUUUCAAGAAGAAGGAUGGCAUAUCAUGCCGAAAUGUUCAAAUUAUAUAGAAUAUUUAGACGCAGUAAAGAAAUUAAAACAACCGAACUUCAUUCAAGAUUUUCAUAUUCCUGAAUUACUUGUUUUUCCAAGUAACACAAUUUUUUACAAACAUUCUAAGUACCAGAGUGGAGAAAUUGUUUUACAAGACAAGGCCAGCUGUCUUUCGUCAUAUUUAUUGAAUCCAACACGAGGAUCCGUGGUACUUGAUAUGUGCGCUGCUCCUGGAAUGAAAACAUCUCAUUUAGCUGCAAUAAUGGAGAAUACAGGGAAAAUUUGCGCAGUGGAAGUUAAUGAAUUUAGAUACCAAAUGUUGUGUAAAACAAUUAAGCUAACAGGUGCCUCUUGCGUUGAAACUGUCCAUAAAGAUGCGUUAACUUUGAAAUCAGAUGAAUACCCAAAUGUGGAGUAUAUUUUAGUUGAUCCAACAUGUUCUGGUUCAGGUAUGUUGGACAGACAGAAAUUGUUUGGCAAAGAGAAAUAUGACCCGAUACGCCUGAAAAAACUACAAGCUUUCCAAGUUUUGAUGUUACGACAUGCCUUGUUAAAUUUCCCGAACGUAAAAAAAGUCGUUUACAGCACUUGCUCUACUUGUCCAGAAGAAAACGAGCAGGUGGUGAGUGAAAUUCUCGAGAAUGUGCAGAACGCGUAUAAGCUUCUUCCUGCGAAAGAGUUGCUAAAUGGUAACUGGCUGAACUUCAGUUCGAAAAUAUACAAUUGCUCAGACAAAUGUCUUUACAUCAAAUCCAACGUGGAUCUGUGCAAUGACUUCUUCAUUGCUGUAUUUGAACGAGAUUUCGAUGUUCCAUUGCCCAAAUACAAAGAGAAGAAACCACGACAACAGGUUGCUUCAAACAACCAGGGAAAAAAACAGAUAGAUGUUUUACACGCUGAGAAUGCAAAUACAACACGGAAACUCAAGAAGCUUGGUAAAAGGAAGAAAACGAAUGAAGAAACUUUUCAGAAUGGAGAAACUUCUCAGAAUGAAGAAACGAAGGAUAAUAUUCUCAUUGACAGUGUUUUGAAUGCUUCUUCCGAUUCGAUCGAGUUUAUCCAAGAAGUGAAAAAUGACAGCGAUGAUAAUACGUCUCAAAAUAACGAUUCUGUCGACAUUGAGCCAGUAAUUAAAAAGCGGAAAAAGAAAAUUAGUUCAAUGAUGAUGAAACUGCCUCGUAAUAGAUUUCGACUGUCCCAGCAUAAAGAACUUAGGUCACAAAAGAAGAAAAGGAAAAUCGUCUAAAUAUGUAAUUGUUGCUGAAUGUUUCUUUAUAGUUGUUGAAAUUUUUUGUACUGGACUUGCGAACCUGUAUAUACUAACGAAUUAAAGAAAGAAACAGAAAUAAU